AUGCAAGACAGAAAGACGGUCGUUACCAUCAACAGCACCGGCCGCCAAUCGGCAAGCUUCAUCCGCGUCGCCGCCGCCGUCGGAUGGCAGGUCCGCGCCCAGACGCGCGACACCCAGGGCAUUGUUGCGCAGGAGCUGGCCUCGACUCCCGGAGUCGACCUGCGCGUGGGCUCCCUGGACGAUGACCACUUCGUAGCCGACCUCUUCAAGGGCGCCCAAUUAGCCUUCAUCAACACCACCCACUGGGGCGAUGAGAUUGCUACCGGCCGCGCCAUGGCCAUGGCCGCCAAGAAGGCUGGCGUGGAGCACUUCAUCUACAGCAGCAUGCCCGACCACUCCAUCUACGACAAGGGCUGGCGCGCCCUGCCCCUCUGGGCCAACAAGUUCGCCGUCGAGAACUUUGUCCGCCAGAUCGGCAUUCCCGCGACCUUUGUCUACGCCGGCACCUACCACAACAACUUCACCAGCUUGCCCUACCCGCUGUUCCGCAUGGAGCUGCAGGACGACGGCAGUUUCGAAUGGCAGGCCCCAUUCCACCCCCACAUCCCCAUUCCUUGGUUGGACGCCGAGCACGAUGUCGGCCCUGCCAUCUUGCAGAUCUUCAAGCAAGGCCCGCGUAAAUGGGCAGGCCAGCGAAUUCCCCUGGCCUUCUCGCAGCUCACUCCGGUGCAGGUCUGCGAGGCCUUCAGCCGCGCGUUGAAUCGGCCGUGUCGGUACGUCCGUGGUCCCGUCACCUUCCACGUCCCCGUGCCAGUUGGGUAUCGCGAACAUCUGGAGGUGCUCGAGGAAGUGCUAGGGUGGCAGAACGCGCCCUACUUCGGGCCCGACCUGGAAGAGGACUGCACACGGACGGCGCUGGAGUUGUGGGAAGGGUUCCGCGACAUCGAGGAGUACGCGCGCGAGAUCUUCCCCGUGGAGGAGCGGGCCAACGGGCUCACCUGGAUGGACGAGGACGACACGGAUACUCAGCCCGAAGACACGCCUGCGGAGACGCCACUCAGAGACGUGGAGAACUACUUCCAGGUGAUGAACCUCUGA